AUGCUUUCACGAACCGCCAUCCGCGCCUCCAAGGCACCGUCCAUGAUCGCCAGCCGUGGCUUUCGAACCUCUGCAGCACGCCUCUCAAGUCCAUAUCAUUAUCCUGAAGGUCCUCGAAGCAACCUCCCGUUCAAUCCUCUGACGAAAUACUUUGCGUUGAGAUACUGGGGAACGAUGGCCUUCUUCUUUGGAUUGCCAUUUGGCGUUGCGGGUAGGAUCCUACGUUCAACACAGGCUAGGCAGGAUGCUGACAGAAGGUUUAGUUUGGCAAACGAAGAAGAACCGUUAGAAUACUGGGGCUCUUUCGGACAGGAAUGGAUGAGCGGCUACGAGGAGCCUCACGAUGCAUAUGCUGUGGUUGCAUGCAUGCUUAUGUACAUAUCGAUAGCAAUGGAGAAUUACACACGUCAAGCCGGCUACACCUAG